AUCAUAAUGAAAUUAAGAAGUAGGAGCAAAACUAGCAAAGUCAAAGGUGUUAAAAGUACCAGAGCAAGUGGCAAAGCCUCUGUAGUCAAGACUAGCAGAAAUAAGAUUCCAAUUGUGAAGAAUUUGAGGAAAAAGAAAGUUUCUUUAGGCCAAAAGCAACCUAAGAGAAUAUCUCACAAGCAGAAUCUGCCUCAAACUUCUAAAAUAAGGCACAAAAGUAAGAAGAAAUCGGAACUGAAGAAAACUGAAGAAGAGAAAGAUUCCUGUAGACCUUGUAAGCACGAUACAGAUGCUGCAAAGUUAACCAAGUGGUCAGACGUCACUAUACUCGAGCUAUUAGAAAUCUUAAAAGAGGAAAGGAAGCAUCACAAAAAUGUUGACGAGGAGGAGAUCUGUCCUAUAUGCAGAUGUGAACUCUAUGAUGAUAUUUUCAAGCUCAGUCUUAAGAAGAUAAAAGAAAUUAACAAGAAGCAACUUGGAGACCCCAGCUCCAUAGAUGUAGUCAAGUUCAAGGACUGUCUAAAUCACUUCUAUCAUAAAGGAUGCACUGACUUCAUGGUUCAAUAUGCUGAACAAGAUGGUAACUCGUCCAAGAAGAAGACCAAGAAAAAGGUCAAAAAGAAAGCUCAGUAUCUAAAAUGAGCAGUUUGCUCUCUGAUUUACGGAGAAUUUAUCGGAAAUUGUCCUCCUGGAACUAUGUCAUGGGAGUUAUAUAAGAAAGGACAAUAUCCAUGUGAAGGAUAUGAGAAAACAGGCACAUAUAUCAUCAAUUACACUUUCAAAGAUGGGUUCAGAAAUGGUGUCUCCUACGGAGGUACUUACAGACAGGCUUAUAUUCCAGACACGAAAGAAGGAAGAGAAGUUCUGUACCUUCUCAUUAAAAGUUUUAAAAGAAAAGUGUCAUUCACAAUUGGCGAUUCUGUAACCACCGGGUGUAAGAAUGUAGUUGUAUGGAAUUCAAUCCACCACAAGACAUGCACUCAUGGAGGAAUUAUGACCUAUGGGUAUCCAGAUGCCACCUAUUUCAACAGAGUAAAGCUCGAAAUGGCUGACAAGGGCAUUCUUCUCGAACAAGGAGAAGACCCGGAUAAUGUGAGCAAGAAAGGGUCUAUAACCAUCCGUUAGUCUUAAAAUAUUUG